AUGACACUUGAACUCAUUCCGAAUAGUGAUCUAGUCUUUAAAGGUCCAUUUAAUGUCGUUUCAACAACAGCACUAAAAUUAUCAAAUAGUGGAAAUGAUCGAUUGGCUUAUAAAAUUAAAACAACAGCACCCAAACGUUAUUGUGUUAAACCAAAUAGUGGUUUUCUUGAUGCACAUGCAUCGACGAAUAUACAAGUUAUGUUACAACCACAACCAGCUGGUCAACCUGAUGAUCGUACUAAACAUAAAUUUAUGGUACAAUGGGUUGCUGUACCAAGUAAUUAUAUGGAAGAUGUGGAUAAUUUUUGGAGACAAGAUCUAAAAAAUCUUAAUGUACAAGAUUCAAAAUUAAAAUGUGUAUUUGCUGAUGAACAACCAGCAGCUGUUGUACCUAAUGAUUCACAUGGACAUCGUGAAUUGGAUGCAAUUGAGUCAACAAAUAUAACUGAAAAUCGUACACAACAACAAACACCAUCUUCAUCAUCAUCAGUUUUUAAUCAAAGAUCAACAUCACCGACGGUUUCACGAUCAAUAAAUCCUUUGCAAUCUCAAAAUCAAGAUCGUCAACAGGAUGUGGUUGACGAUUCAAGUAAAACACGUCUUAAACAAGAAAUUGAUCGUUUGAAAGAUGAAAAUGAAGUUCUAAAAGAAAGACUUAAGCAACAAGAAAGUGGUCUUCGACAAAGAGCAACAGGUGGUAAUCCAGUCGUCGAUCGACUUAAAUCAAAUCAGCAAAAACAAAACGGUCUUGUUCUUUUUGGUAUUACUUUAACUGAACAAAUUGUUCUUGUGGCUUUUGUUAUUGCAUUAUUAUUUGGCUUUUCAUUCGGUUAUUUUCUCUUUUCAUGUAGCAAUUAA